UCGAAACCGGUUGGGUUAACAAAUGCCGGGUGAACGAUAGAAACCAAAUCGGGGCAUUAUAAAGCCAUUGACCCUUUUUCCACCCUUUCCUUCGAUCCCAUCUAUGGUGGUUUAUCAAUCACAGCUCCUGCAAAUGAAUCUGUCUUCGGAAAUAUAAAAGAAUGAAACCCACGACGGAGCAGAUCAAGGGAGUAAAUUAGAUCGAAGAGGGCAAAGGUAGCUUUGCUUCUUCUUCUUCAUUUCUAUUGAAGGAGGAGAGAAGCAAUGGCCCAGAUCUUCGAGUACUUCGUUGUUUGCGGGAUAGGUCCAGAGAUCCGAUCCCUCGAUGGGAACAGAGGAUUCCAUGGGACUGGUGUCAUGUACUUGCCUUCUCUCCUCGAUCAAUUCCCUCCCUCUAAUCACUCCCUUUACCCUCCUCCGCCGCCUCAGCUUCCCACAGAUUGUGUAGAUUGUGGAAACCAAGUGUGCAUCAACGGUGCUUGUGUGGAGACCUUGACAACACUAGGUUUGGCCAUGAAAGCAGAGAAAAGAGAACUAUUGUCAUGAGAGAAUUUUUGGAUUUCAUCAGCCGGAAGAUUCUAAUUGUAUAAUUCCAGGCGCAUAUAUUAAUGAGUAGCUUCGGGGAAUACUUUGAAGGCCAAAUCCAGGCAAAUUGUUGUCCUUAAACCAACUUCUGAUCCCUUUCCCUUGCUGCUUACUAUUGAUUUGGCCCCCAUGCA